UGCACCUUGAAGUUGUUUGCAAUCCGCCAAUAAUCAAGAGAAGAAGAAGAAGACGCAGCAAAGUUGCGUGGAGAAAAUGCGAGCCGAUCCAAGUUGAAGUGUUAUAUGUGUGUGUGCAUCUUAUAAAACCACACACCUAAUGCUUCAGUAAAGACCUCAAAAGAAAGAACUGUGGUUGAGUUACUGGGUUCUGACCGGCCCACCAGGGCGAGUGUUUCCUAUCAAACAGUCCUUAAGAGAUAGAACUCAAAAGUCCAAUUCCAAAUCCUACAAUAACAACAUUGCUUACAUCUCCCAUAUUAAACACUAAUACAAGUUAUCAUGAGCAUCAUUCCAGUUAUACCUGUUUAAACUUGAACUCUAUGAGUAAGUCUCUGCCUCAAACAAAACAAAACUCUGCCUUAAAAAAAAAUCCCACAGAGACUCCCAUCUUUAUUCUGGACUGAGACUCGCAUAGCGUGCCACUGCUAUACAAGUUAAACAAAUAGGAGGUUCAGCCAUUGUUACCUGUGGGAAGACUUUCGUCUGCAUCAUGUCUCUGACAGUGUCUCAGGGUGAGGGAAUGACGGUCAUCACCGUCUCCUCAAACCCAAACAGCAAAUGGCCCGUUCUGUGUCAGAUUCUGGCUUCUCUGUGCUGCAGUCCACUGUGUUCUGUAUCUCAGGAUAUGAAAGGAAAGCUGACGAACACCCACAUAGCUUUUGGGGUUGUGCAGAUGAUCGUUGGUAUCCUCAAUAUUGUGGUGGGGAUCAUGUUUACAUGCCUUGGGUUACACUGGAACACAGAUAUAAAGACCAUGGGACCCUUUUGGCUCGGUAGUGUGUUCCUUGUAGCUGGAAUUGUGUGUAUUCUUGCAGCUAAGUUUCCCACUUCUUGUCUGCUGGUCACCGGAAUGAUUCUGAAUAUAGUCAAUGCUGCACUGGCUAUCACAGCUGUUGCGCUGUUUUCAGUGGACCUUGCAAAUAGUCAUACUGGAAAUUACUACGAUUAUUCUUGUGACUAUUCAGGCUAUGAUCAAUAUAUAAUGCCUUCCCCUGAAGAGAAAAGGAAAACGGGGACCUGCCUGUACUACAAGAAUCUCACUGAGAUGGUCUUCAGAGUACUACAUAUCAUGAUGAUAGUGUAUUUGGUCCUUCAGCUCUGUGUGACGAUCAGUUUCUGUGUUUUGACUGGGAAAGCUUUGUGCAAGAAGGAUAAAGAUGCAAAGGAUCCAGAACUUUACAAGCAGCUCCUGGAAGACGACACUGCCGUUCCUGCAUGUUAAAGAGACAAGAUUAACACACAAAAUAAACAGUUCUUCUUUUU